AUGGCAGCAGCCUGUGGAAGCCUCCAACACUUGUUUGACAACCCAUUGCCCGAAAAUCCCACCCUUCUUGAAUCCCUAUCAUCUUCUUUCAAACAGAUUCAAUCCAUGAACCCCCUUCAAGAUUCCUCCUUAACCGAGAUUUUUGGAGAGCUACAUUUCAAAGAACAUCAUUCCUCCUUCUCCCCUCUCCAAUCCCUGUCGUCUUCUGCUCCAUCUUCUUCUUUGUUCUCUGUAGAUACGCAUACACAGAAUCCCCAGUUCGAUAAGGAGAGUGACUCCACGCGUUAUUAUCAGCAGUACAAACAUGGGGGUCAUCAUGAGUUCUCUUCCAAGAACUCGGAUAGUUUAUCAUUGUGCACUGAAGGGCUUGGAUUCGAGAGCUCUGGUGAUAUUGAGGACUUGAACGAUGUGGACCAUGAUUUGCUAGUAAGCAAAGAAAGGCCAAGUUCCUCGAGGCAUUCGCAUCCAGGUGAAGUAAAAAGAUCAAGACUGAGUAAAGGGCCAUUCCCUCCUCCCAUCUCGAGUAUUGGCAGGAGUGGAAAACCCUGGGUUUGCUUCAGAUCAUAUCGAGAAGAUGGGAGGUUUAUUCUCAAGGAGAUAAGAAUUCCCACUCAAGAGUUCUUGCGUGCAUGUAGAGAAGAUGGCCGUUUAAAGCUGCAACUUAUUCAAUCAGAUGAUGAAAUUCCCGAGGAUGAAGAAGAAGAAGAAGAAGAAGAUGACCACAAUGACACUGAGGAUAAUCAGGAAGUAAAAGAUGAUGAUUUCCAGGCCGAGGGAAAUGAUAGAGAAGAAGAAAAUAUAAGGAAUCAGCAAUAA